CGUAUGUCGGUAACCAGUUUUAAUAUCCGGUUUGCAACUAAUCAACAGGUGUAAACAACACGAAGAAUUUGUGAUAAAACUCCAAGAAAAUGCACCCAAAACAUGUCUUUGUCGGCCCAGAAUAGAAAAGUUGUUUGGGAGGAGCACAAAGACAGUUUGAGAAGAAUCCAGUCACGAGUAAGUGACGGACAUACACCUCCUAAUAGAUACUCACCACAAAGAGGAACACCUCCAGGAAGGUACAACAGAUCUCCACAGGAAGGAGGAAGGAGGUCACAUUCACCUUAUGGAAAAUACAGAAAACCUACCUCACCUGCCUAUCUAAACAGGAUCGAAACUCCUCAUGAGCGUGAUAAAGUAAGACACAAGAGCAAUUUAAGGGGAAGUAAAUAUGGAGUUGUCCCCCCUGUUCACAGACGUAGUCAUCAAACACCAGAUUAUGACAGUUGGGGAGAAGAUACAGAUGAUGAUUCUGGUGAAGAACAACAGUAUGUCAUGCCUCAGCAAUACCCAUAUCCUGCCUAUGGAUACCCAGCCUAUCAGCAUCCUCAAGGACACCAUGGACCCCCUCAAGGACAUCAUGCACCACCCCCUCAAGUAGUGUGGGGAGCUCCAUUCCAAAUAUACUAUCCCCCACCACCUCAACAUGGGUACAAAAGUAAAAAGGCUCGUGACAAGAGAGCAAAGAGGGCCCAGGAAAAACAGUCCAAUGUUCAUCACUCUCAACCUCAUGGUGGGAGACAGUCCAGGUAUCAGAAAAGUCCCAGGGUCAAUCACUCACUUCCUGUUUACAAUGGCUACGGUCAGGAACAUCAUCAAACUAGACGGAGAGAUGAAGUGUUUGAUUCAGAUAGAAAUGAUGUUUUGAAGAAGUAUAAGUAUAUAGAAACACAGCCAUCUCCCUACACACCAGAGAAUAUUGAUGAUAUGGUGGCCAAACGAUACAAAGAUGAACCGGAAUUGCUUUCCUUAUUUUACUACAAUGAUCACCCUCUGUUUGCGGAGGGGUUUGUUAAUUGGUUUAUUAACGACUGUUUGGAAGAGAUAAUUCCUGAUCUGCUAAUAGAGACACUAAACGAUCUAAAUAAACUGCCUAGAAAUCAUCCAUAUUAUGACAAGGCACAGAUCAUAUGUAAUCAGAUAUUAGAAGAGGUCUUACCAGACGUGACACAUGAAGCCGUCAGACAAGCCAUGAGUGAAUUGGUUGGAGAUUACAUGGGAUUUUCCCAGCAGAGACCAACUGCAGAUAGAAUAAAUGAGUUAGUAGCCGGUGCUGCCCCUGUCGGACAGGAGGAUGUCUCAGAGUCAUUUAAUACAGUAUUAGACGAUUUAAUCCAGGAUCAUAUCGAAGAAAUUCAACAAGAAUUGAUAAAUGAUGUUAUAACCGAUGCUGUGAUAGAACAGAUUAUAGAGGAGGAUAUCCUGGUACAAGAGGUGGACGAGGAGGCUCCAGAGAUUGCUGAGGAAGUCCUUAGUCAGUAUGACUCGAAAAUAGAAAGGAGAGAAUUGAAAGAGGUGGCUAAGCAGGCAGGAGAUAAACUUCAGGAAUCUAUUUUAUUGGACUAUAUAUUGUCUAUGGUUGCUAGUCAGGGACGAGUAUGGUCACAAAGUGAUCAUGCGAAUAAAUAUUUAGAUGAUAUAUUGUUAGACUUGUUAAUAGAACAAUUUUACACUGUACAAGAUCACAGAGAGAAAACAUCAUCUAACAACCCACUCAGGAAGUUACAUGAAAAAGUCACCACUGAUGUAGCAGUAGAUCUGUUACUUCAGCAGUUAACAUCUUCACUGGAUGAAGACUUAGCCGAUGUUGAUGAGUAUGAAAGAGGCGUAGACGAUGUAAAAAAUACAAUUAAAACUCCAAUUAUACCCAGAACUAUACAGAAAUAUUGAGAUGAUGAUAAUACAUAGUUAUAAAGUCAAGUCAAGGUGCUACGUUUUAGUACACAUAAGUCACUGAUCAUUUAAUGCUGCACAUUCUAAUCAACCAUAUAGAAGAUGUACUCAGACUAAGGAGGAGAUGGGUUCAUGACACCAAGAUAUUAUACAUAGUGAAUCUCAGAUUUCUAAUCUCGUGUUUAAUUUUGGUGGACCAUGAUUGGAUGGAAGACGGAUUAAAAAUAGAUUAUAAAAUUAUGAGGAAAAAAGAUUUUACAUCAAUUAUUGUUAUUUUAUGUCGAAAAUAACAUGCUCACUUGUAUCGGAUUUUUUUAGAACUAAAUUGAAAUCUUUGUUCAAAGGCACUAUUUGUACCAU